GUUUGGUCGUGGUCGCGACGGGACGAGGCCACAACAGCCCCCAUUCGCCGUAAACAUGCCACCGUGCGGGGCGUCUCCGCCUACUUGUUCGCUACCGGCCCAAACCACCAGGGAAGGGAACGUGUUUCGCCCGCGUCGAAGGAAACCCGGGAACGAGCAGCAGCAUUGUGUGUGAGACUCGAUUUGUGGUUGGAGUCGUCAUCCUGUCGUUCCGAGGGUGUUCUCGUUUUCAUUUUUUUCCCCGCGUUUUUUCAGUUUUGUGAACUUCGCCCGUCUUGGAUUAUAAGACGACAUACGGGAUUCUCUUUUUUUUGUGUGUGUGCACAAGUGUCGUUGGGCACGUGGCAACAACUUCCGAGGAUUGGAGAUUUGCUGCUUCAACUCGUCCGGUUUUGCAACAGACUGUGAACAGGAAGUGAAGUCCGCGAGAGGCACAGCAUUCGUCCCAACUCGGCGAGCGUCCCAGCUCGGUGCAAUAGUAACCACGCAACAUCUGUCUCUGACAUCGUCAAAAUCUCGUUAGGGAGGUCGUCACCGUCUGGGGGAGAGAGAGAGAAAGAAAUAAUUUUCUCGGCUUUCCGGGAUAAGGCACCUGUUAUCUGUGUCAGCCGAAACACCAGCGCGGAAACUUUCGGUUGAAAUCUCGUCGGAAGUUGGAAAGUUCUGUUACAGUGCGCAACUAUUUGUGGGAAACUUGGCGUCUUCACAUCGUAUUGUGUCGUUCAGUGAUGACAGCGGCGUUUUUUUUUUUCGCGGAUCCUACGUCCCUCGUUGCUCUGACGUGACGUCGGCUUGCGCGUCCCGCUGACAGGAAGCAAAUUUCCGGUUGCGGAAACGGCCGUUGGAACUUCCUUUGCGCGUUUUCCAACUGACCUCUUCUCCCUGCAAGCCAGCGCUGAAGCAAGCUUCUGAAACCGCCGUUUCUUCCCGUAAUUAGACGUGAACACACCGUGUUCGCCUUGCUGCUAUCGUUCGACAGUGAGUGCAGCGUGUUGCACAGAAUGGCCCAACAUGGGCGGUAUUUCGCGUUUCGUUUGUGUCCCGAAAGUUUUCUUACGUUGAGGCAAUAACCGAGUAACGUCGUAGAAAUCGAAAGGUUUGGGAGAACGGGAAGCGUAUCUAACGUUAGUGGUGCUUUCAGCCAAUUUCAUUUUUUUUUUUUGUUGAGGACGAUCCAGUUUACCAAAGAUAAUAGAUAUGUCGUCGAUGUGAACGAUAUUAUUCCGUGACCCCAUUUACCACCUGAGCUACUAGAAUUCUUGAUAAGUACCGGGCCGUUGUUUCGCGCGCAGAAGUGCUCUGUAGUAAUACCGCGAGGAAGAAGAAAAUUCAGGUGUACGUUCCAGCCGCUUCAGAACCAGACGCUUCGUUUGUCCAAACGCAGCUCUCGUGGUAUCUCGUCGCAAAGUACAAAGCAAGAAAACUCAGCCGUCGUUACGGCUCUCGUGCCGUACUUCUGCAUUGAGGCUGUGUCACCUUUCGUUCGAGUGCGUUGAGUGUUCUUCGGAGAAGAAAUCGCCAACGUGAUCGCGUCUGCUUUCCGUCUGCUAUCCCAAUAACAACCAGCGUCGUCAACCGUGCGUUCUUCGAGCGCUCAGCCAGUGUUUGCGUUCGAUAUUCUCUGAUAAAUCCUUCAUCCAGUUGGCUACGAACAAACAGCAGACGACAGCUGAGUGCGCAUGCCGCAGUUACGGUUGCAUCUGAUUGCGUCAUCGUGCGUGCGACAAUUUACUCCAGUGGAAAGCGGACCGUUCACUUGUCGUCUGUUCACCGGCACGUCGUCUUCGCAUCGUCAGUGCUGUUGUGUUCUCGGCGAGUGUGACCGUCACUGACGCCGAAGUCUGGCUUUCAGUCGGUACUCGCAAAACAAGCAGCGGGAGCCGUCUUGCUUUCCUUUCUGCUUCGCACGUAACGUUCCUUGGUCGACGUAAAAUUUUUCUGGCGUUUGUAUCCACUGGUUGCUCUCGGCUUUCGUGGCGUGACUGCAUCGUUUAUCGGUGUCCUUUUGCAAGAUCUAAGAAAUUUCGGUGGCUGACCCCGCCAGAUCUUGUUUUAGGCGAGACUCGUUCGACUUCUGGGGCAUUUUGUGCCGAAUGUUGAUGCGUCGAAACCAACGAGGUUGCGGAAAUUCGUGUUGACGUUAAAAGGCGUUCUCGACUUUCUCGGGAGCUAAGCCUCUUUGGAAGCCCCUAAGGGAGAGAAAAAAAAAAGAGAAAACGAUUGGUAGCUCUUAACGCAAUUGUUCUCUCGCUUGGGUUUUCUGCUACUUGCUUUGGUGCGUAAACUGUAUAUUUUCGUUGACUCCUUUGCGGAUUAGCUUUUACGAUCAGUGGCCAGGCUUCGCAACUUCGUGGCCCGUGAAAGUUUGGAAAGUCUGUGAGAGAAAAGUGGCAGCUUACGCACUUAGCUUAGAGUUUGGCCUCCAGUCUUAGAACGACCCGGUUUCCCCCAUCAACGUCAACAAAACAUUGUUUGUUUGUCUCCCUACCUCUAAGGCGCAGAAUAUCCUCGAAAACAGAGUUUCACCAUAUUUUCGCUUCGAGCUGAGCUCUAUUGAAUCGGCCACCUUUUGCUCCCACUCGGCCACCUUUGACUUUCCGCUCUGCUCAGGCCCGUCUUGAGCGAGAUCGGUGUUGUUGACAUUGCAGAACGGAAGCUCUUUAGUGCACUUGGCGGCACUGUCGUUUCAGCCACUUCUCAAAGUAACUCACGCCAAAGAAAAAAAAAAACAUCAGCAAAUAAGUUACUCGUUAAAUGAAUAAAUACUAUUUUUAUUAGAUUUUAUACUAACGCGGCCACUCACUAGAAAAAAAAAUAAUAAUAAAGCCUCGUUUUUUAGCGUGUUCUGGAAAUAGCCAUAUUCUGCGUUGUGCACUACGUGUGUAAGCGUGCGAAAGCCACGGCUGCAUUUAGAUGGAGAUUGUUUCGCCAUAUCGAACGCAUAAUCGUUGAAAGGCCGCCGUUUUGCGUUAUUUUUGUACACAACAAGAAGAGGAAAGUGGUAUAGGGAGUCUCUAGGUACCGUUCUUCUGUUCAGCGUAAGCAGAAACGAAUUGGUGUCGGAAACUUGUGCGUAAGCGACUCGGACAUUUCGCGCGCACAAUACUGAGAGCACUCUUGCAAACUUCGUUUGCGUUUGUGUCUGAACGAGGUGCUCGGAGGCAGCUGGCGUCAGCAUUCCGAGUUCGUUUGUUCUUUUUCCCCUUUCCGCCUUCUGGCUGCUUUCAAGAAGCCCUUGAAGUUCCGUCAGCGACUUCCCUUGGCUUCGUUUAUUGACUUCCCCUCGGGUCUUUCGAACCUACCAUCUUUCCGGCUUUCGCCCGGAAUUUCCGAAUUUGUUGAACGAAACGAGAAACGUGCAUUACCGGUGAGCUAGCUAUAGCCGCUCGUUACCGAACUUUCUCCUGCAAGACUCUGUGCUCGAGGCUCCGGUGGUUGGUGCGGCGUUUAGCAGAGACACCGGGAUCGUGUGACCCCUGCACCCAAUUCGAGUGUCCGGCCACUCGUGGAUUCGCUUUUCCGGCCUAUACGUGGAGUUCGUGAGUGUGUGCGCGCGUGUGUUUGUGGGAUACAGCGCCGUGACCUUCAACCCGUGACAUCACUCUCCGAGGCAAAAAAAAAAAAAAAAUAUGGUGUUCAAAGCGACCACCGUCGCAGCCCCUGCACCGUCUCAGGGCAAGGACGCCGCCGUCGACGGUGCCGCCAAUGGGGGCGGCCAAUUAACUGCUCUAACGCUGCAACAGCAAAUCGACGAUGGCACAGCCGAGUCGUUGGAGAGGACGAGGAACAUGAUAUCACUAUGCGAAGAGAGCAAGGAAGCUGGCAUACGAACAUUAGUUGCUCUCGACGAACAAGGAGAGCAACUGGACCGCAUCGAAGAGGACAUGGACAAAAUUAACGCCGACAUGAAAGAGGCCGAGAAGAAUCUAACCGGAAUGGAGAAGUGCUGUGGCAUCUGCGUCUGUCCUUGCCAGAAGGUGUUGGUUAGGGCUGAGGAAGUGGCCAUGACACUCACGGGCAAGGAGUUCAAGGAAGACGCCAGCACGUGGAAGGCCAACGAGGACGGGAAGGUGGUGAAUAGUCAGCCUGCCAGGGUCAUGGACGACCGCAACGGAGCCGGUCCAACCAGCGGAUACAUCGCCAGAAUUACAAACGACGACCGUGAGAACGAGAUGGAAGACAACAUGGUUCAAGUGUCCACCAUGAUCGGGAAUCUGCGCAACAUGGCAAUCGACAUGGGCAGCGAGAUUGAGUCGCAAAAUCGGCAGAUCGACAGGAUCAACCAGAAGGGAGCGUCCAACGUGGUUCGCGUCAAAGGCGCACAGGAGAGGGCUGCCAAACUCAUCAAGAGUUGAGCGGCGUUCCGCCACCAACUUUACUUUACCCUUUUUUUCUUUUGUUCGUUUUGCACCUACACACAACUACACCAUGUUGCACUGACGGAUUUUAUCUUCACACACACACAAACAACACGUACACAACCGACGCACCAAGAACCAACAGGGCUGCGAUCAUCGACCGUCGGGGAGACGUCGUGUGUCGUUCUUCCCUCCCACCUGGCCUUCCUACGGACUUUGGCGAUAGACCGAAAGUGAAAAAAAAAAAAAAAAAAAAAGUACCGACAGGGGACGUCUUCACACCGGUCGUACGAUUGCGUGUCUGCUUUUAUUUUUUUAUUUUUUUUAUUUGUAAUGUUCACUCUGAAUUGUACAGAUGGUGUUUCUUUUUCUUCUCUUUCUUUGUUCGUUUAGUCUGUCCUCACUUGCACAGAGACACACCCGUGACACACACACGCACUCACAUGCACUUGCUGUGUUUACACUUGCCUGCUACAAGCGAUUGCACAUCAACUUUUUAAAUUUCUUUCCUCUCUUCGCUGAAGGGUUAUUAUUAUUAUUUCUUUUUGAGACACUGACUUUAUGUGAUAAGGACAAUACAGUGCGUCAGCAAAGUCCUGUCUCUCGAGGGGUAUGCCGAGGUGCAAGCGCUUUCCAGCUUCAGCCGCUGUCAGAUCGUCUUAAAAAGGUUUCCGUACGAUUAUUUUUUAAAUCCUUAUUUAGCACCGAUAACCCAUUUUUUUUUUUUAAAUGUCUCCAGCACGUCGAUUCUAAAUGUUCCUUCAUUAUGAACGAAUAUCCAGUGUGGGCAACAGAGAGCGCAUUGUUAAGGCAGGAAGUAUGCCUGCAGUAACUAUAAAAUUACAAUAACUGCAAGAAAAAUACAUAAUGUAGAACGUAGUGCCCAUCAGGUUUCCAAGGCAUCUACAUGAGAACGUGCGCGAGCAUGUGCACUGGCACUGUUUAGAAGUGUUACCGCGCCGAACAUGACAGGGGGCUCGAUAUUCGAGUCGUCGAAUAAUUGACACCCUGUGUCAAUAUUCGACAACUCGCCCAAUGUAGCUGUCGUGCCACAUCAGGCUGAGUUUAUUCACGUGGUUGUGCGGAAACGAGAUUUAUCUUAGGCACGCAUAAAGUGGGUGUCGCAAGAGUGUCGGAACUUGCGGCCGUUGUCUUCCUGUCGAAGGCAAAUAAUGAAUGAGUAUGUUAGGGCUCUUCUUUCUUUUUCCACCUAACUGCAGAGCGCGAAGUUUGUUCUUUGUGUCUUCUUUUUUUUGGUUAGGUGCUGUGAUUGAAUGAAACUUGUGUCCUACAGUUUCUUUUUUCUUACUUGUGCUUUUUUUUGUGUGUGUGAAUAUGUAAAGCGCCCGUGAAACUACAGCGGCUCACGGAAGCCUGUAUGUUGCGAAGCAAGUGUUACUGAUUUUUUUUUAUAUAGCAUGUCGUUUGUUUCGACGUUCGCGCCUUUCUUUUAAUGGCUCUUAUACUUUUUUUUUUUCGUUCUUCUCUGGUUUGACCAACACGGUAAUUAAUUGUGGCAUAUUACGGCACUUGCACCUUUUUUACAGUCCGCUCGCUGUUAUCCCACCGAAAUGGACAAACAUGUAGCGCUCCGUUUCGCCAUUUUCAUCAAACUCUUGGAACCACGUGGUCCGUUCCUUCGUUUCUUUUUUUUUUUUAAUUUCAGCUUGUUUUUUUUUACGCUGACCUUUUUUUCGUAUGUCCACGUUUUCAGCGAGACGGCCUCCUUGCGAGUUUAUCAAAGGUUCAGUUUCUUGCAAAAAACUGGUAGAGUUAUCCUGCAAAAUUUUUUUUAAAACCAUAGUCCUUCUUUAAAUAUAUAUAUAUACCUAUGUCCUUUCCUCUCCUUUGGCGUGUGGGCACCUCUCUUAAAAAAAAACUUUGUCAUCUUCGGAGUGCACGAUUGAUUGCUCCCAAGGAGCAGGCACCUCUUCAUCCUUUUCAAGGGCCCGUCAAAGCCAGGCUUUCGAAGGUUUUUUUAUUCAUUGCCUCGAACUUAAUGUUCAUUUCACUCCAAUAGUCUGCUCGUUGCGUUUUAGUUUGAACGAAAGAAAAGGGAGGAAGAAAAGAACGGCGGCAGAAUGGUCAUUCUUUCUGGUUUAUUGGUUUACUUUUCGGGACGUUUUCUACUUCGUACAUGUAGAUAUUAUAUAUGAGCAUGCGACAAGAUUGUCAUAGCACUUUGUAUAGCGUCGUGCUUUUUUUCCUCCUUUCUUUGUUUUUCGUUUUCUAGGGUGACCUCUUCAUAAGCUCAUGGUUAAUAACUCCCGUUCGGGCCAAGUAGAUUAAAGCCAUAUUUCUCCUCGCCUGCCUCGUGCAUUCUCUCACUUUAUUAUCGUUUGCCUUAGGUGCUUAAAAAAAAUAUGGAAGUGAAUGUCAAGGUCGGGCCUCUUCUGCCUGUAGGAGUGUCCUGGCUGCUCUUUUCUUCCCCGUGUUCUUCCCGUAUUUCUACGCAGCACUCAAGAAAAUUGGCCCUAAAUUCUGCACUGAUCUUUUCCAGACGUUAGGACUUUGGCGCCUCUAUUCCUUUUCCAUGCCUUAUCUUUUUUCAUCAUUUUACCUCUAUUAGUUUUUUUUUUCUUCUGCCUCCUCACCUCCUUCUGGUUCCUUGAAAGAGGCAUCUACGUUCUUCUUCUGGAUUGGCUUGGCUCUAAACUCGACGUGACUGCACGUACGCGAAGCUUCUUCUGAAGUUGGAGCCUUGCGUUUAUAAUGCCAAGGGUCGCCAUUUCGCCCGAGCCAACUCGGAUGGGAGAAUGUGUAGGCAGAAACAAGUCGGCGCAAAUCCGAGUAAUUUCUUCUUACAACUUGGCGCAGUCACCACGGUGUCUCUUGCGGAUUUUUAUUGGUUUAGGGCUUGAAAGUAGUAAUUUUUCGUCAUUUCCAUUUAUUUCGCGUGUGUCCGUUCUAAACUUAGGCUUGGAAACUACACCUGCUCUCCUUCUAAACCAGCGGUGUAUCCACAUCUGUUUGCCCGCGGCUUCGGCCUUCAUUGGUCUUUUGGUUAGGCUUUUUCUAAUUUAGUCAUUCACUUAUCUUUUUACUUUGUAUAUUGUUUUUUUUAUUCUUUCGCAGCUUUAGUUCGAUUCCUAUAGGGUUUGGUGGCUUUAAAGAAUAUUUCCUUCCUUACACUUGGCUGUUCGAAAUUUUUCUCUUUUCUUUUUUGCGUCAGCUUUGCUCUGGCGUUAUUUAAAUUUUUCAGAGGGCUAACCGAAUGCUGCUUUAACAGCUUGCCGUAAUUCCUGGCUUUUGUUUAUCAUGUUUCUGUACUUAAUGAUCGUGAGGACUGCAUUUCUGAAGGUAUUGUCGUCAACGAAAUGUCCGCGCCUAUGCUGUAAUUUUUCUGGCAUCGCCCUCCGCCUCCUACAGAACAGCCACCUAAACUGAUUGUUUGGCUCAUUUUUCUUUUUCUUAUAUGUUCCGAAAUUCAUUUAAAAAAAAAUUCAUUGCAGGCAUCCUUCCAUCGAAGUCUUCAUUUCUUAGAGUAGCAAGUUUAGCUUUCGAAAAUUCAGGUGCGCUGGUGGUCCGUGUCCUUACGCCUACUCCGGAACGUGGGCAGUUUGGCUCGUGAAUACACUGCUAGACUAGCUUAUUAGAUUAGCUUACGAGGUUUAGCUUAUUAGAUUAGCCUGUUAGGCGGCACAAAGAAGUGAACCGUUUGGUCGUCCCCGGGUUCUUGCCGUUUUUCUAUUCAGUUUUCAGACGUUAGGGUCACGCAGGUGUCACCUAAAUCAGAUCGCCGUUCCUGCUUCGCCUUACGGUAGGUAGGAGACUCUCUGACGAUGUUGCCGCUGAACGGAGGCAAGUUGUACGCUUUGUCUUAAGUGGUAGGCCGAUUGAAGCGUGGUGUUAUGGCUACGGCGUUUGUUUCUGGUCCGCCUUGGGCACGUGUUAAGAUUUUCACUCGUUCGCAACAAAUCAGAUCAUCAGUAUAGGGUGUCAUACAUGCAUCUCUUUUUCGCGAACUGUAAGAACACUGAUCGGCCCGCCACGGGCUAGAAAGGUUCUUCGAUAGGGACGCUACUGCCUAGCGUGGCUUCGGCAACCAUGAGCGAUAGCAGAGAAAAAGAAAGAACGUAUCAAGAAAAAAAAGUUUCCAUGGAAAAAUGCAGCAACACUCUCAUUUGUCAUGUAUACUGUGCGCUACUUUAUGUAGCAUUAGUGUCGCAGUGGCUACUCUUUGGCUUUUGUGUCAUGUGCAUGUUUCGAUUGCGCUUUAUGGCUUAUAUCAUCCGUUCAGCAGUUGAAACGAGCUCAUAUCCCCGUUUCGUAACACCGCAUAUCAUUGACUGCACUACUUUUUUUUUCCUUUGCAGUGUACUACUGAGUAUAUUUCUUUUUUUUUUUUAGUUAUGUGUGCCAUGUGCCGUAUGGGCUCAACGAGGCGCGAACUGAGCAUGGUUGUGAUGCCUAGAUGCCUUGACACGUGGCUUUAUCCGGAGGAGUAACGUGCUGAAUCGCUUCAGAAGUACUGGAGCAUCCAUGCGGAAGUCUGCGCAGCGUGUAUGUGAAAAAAAAAAAAAAAAUACACUUAAUUCCAAUUUGUCAGACGUAGCGGACGAAGAACUCGUAAAACAUUACAUUAAAACGAAUGCUCUGUGAACAAACGAAAAGGAAAAAAUAUACAGGGUAGAAAGCCCUAUCGCAUGCCCUUACAUUCGGUUCUUACGAGCAUCAAAUCUUAAGCGCGUUUCUUGCCGGCAGCCUUUCGCACAGCAUAGUUCACGCCGGACAUUUCUGGAUGGUCGUGGAUCAGUGCGAUCAGGUCUCCCAACCCUGUUCUCUUCGCAUUUCAUUCUAUAUGUUGUGCUUGGCUGUGUCGCUUGCAUACCGCACCGUAUAUUACUGCACUGCUCCCUGUUCGCAAGCCAGCAAAUGUUUCUUUCCUUCUUUUUCUUUCUUUCUUUCUUUCUUUCUUUCAUCCUUUCUUUUUUUCUUUCGCUUUCGUGGUCAGGACAAUAUUGCCACUUUCCUACUGACAGCUCUACAUAUUUUCUCCAUUUGUACUCCUCCACCGCGGCAAAUAAAUAUUGCCGCGUCAUGCGUCCCCCGGCGAACCUCCUCGCCAGCCGGGCACUGGCCCGGUGCCGUCACGCAAGGUAGUGGGCCUGGUAAAUUCACCGAGUGUAAUAACCCCGUGUGUAGUUUAGGCGCGACUAUGUAGUCACUAGCGAUGCAUUCCUACCUUGUUCCGAAAGGCGCGUUUUAGUCGCGACAGUGUUGUUGUGAACCCAGCGUGGUGCGGACUCGUGCGAGCAGAGUGUGGCUAUAGAAAGGACUUUCGUGCGGCGUGACCCGGCCCACCAGUGUUUAAAGCGUCGGGGCUGACUCGAUUUUGGAAGAUGUUUGGUCGUGCAUCGUAGUGUUUAAUGUAGCGAGCCUUCGCCGCAGGACCCGACAGGUAUUACUGAUGUCAUAUGCUUAAGUUCGCUGAAAGUUAGGUGGUCGUUCACUGGGUGGCUUUUGACGAGCGGGUCAAUUCGCCACGUGUAUGUGACGCGAGCGUUGCUAAAGUGGGCGGCGUUGACGACAGGACAGCUAGUGGAAGUUUGGCGAGACUAUAGCUAAUCGGCCGCGUAUAUCGAACAUCAUGGCACGUAAGGCGCGUGACUGUGUGAUGCAGACGCUUAUAGCACUAACGUCGUUCUCUAAGCGUUAGCGCUCGCAGACGUUAGUGCGCGCCGAAUACGAGCUUGUUGCGAAGUCAGCGGUUUGUUCGCUGAAACUGAGACGCCCCGGUCAACCGUAGUCCGAGGCUUCGCAGAAUAUCGUCAAGGCGCACGACGCAUUUGAGAGGCGACGAGGACAGGAUACUGUGUCGCGUCUCUUUUUCCCCCGCAGCAUAUAACCCUACGACAGUCGUUGAGCAGUUCAGGAUGUACCCCUGUUGAGAUGAACGUUGACAGCGUGAGCCAAGCAAGACCUAGCUAAGCGUUCAACCAGGAAAGGGAGGCGAGACAGCUCGGGAGCCCGCAAGAGGCGUUUAGCCUUUUUUAGGCACGCAUGCAGCACGACAUGCGCGGUCGCCGCAUGGCACGUACGGGCAGCGAACGCGGUGCGGUUCUUCACUCGCGUGACGUAUAUUGAAGGCGGCUUUGUGGCGGCCACGUGUGGCAUUUUCGGCGCGUGGUAUGGUAUAGUAUACGCUGCAACAUCUGUGGCGUGUCACGGGCUUGCGCGGAACCGCCGCUCCCAUUUAGAUGAUUGCGCCGUCAAUUCUCGGGCGCACGCGAUGUAGUUCGAGAUGGUUGCUGUAUGGAAAGCUACGUGUGUUUAUGUAGAGAGCGCUGACAACUCGUGGGCCGGGGGUCUGCUGCGUAUGGUGAGUGCUUAAGGAAACAGUCCCUGCACAGCAUGCGACGCCGGUUCGAUUUUUGUGUGUGCGUGUGUGUGCUGUACUGAUCUCAACUGGGAGCUUUGUUAUUGUACAGCGUUGCGAGAGUGUGUGUGGGAGAGAAAGAGUGCAGUUUGAAGGAGUGGCGACUGCCCGCACCCCAAUUCAUUCCGUCUACAAAGAGAGGCUUCGCUCGCGUGUACCGUUAUUUUUACGACGUUUGUUUGUUGCGCUGUUUUCGAGCGUUGGCACAGGCGUGUUUUGUUGAGAAAUUUUAUGGUUCUGUUAGAGCUUGCUUGGGUUGCUUUGUUGCACGCUUGCAGGAUCGUUCCUGCAGUUUUCUGAAAGAUUUUUUGGCAUUGGUGCAGAAAUUAUUGCUUCAAUUUUAGGGUUGGCGAGCCGCAAAAAUUAUGAAAUGUAUCGCUUAUUGAGGCUAUUGAAACUACGAUAAAGGCUGAACAUUGCCUAGUCUAUUCCAACUCUUUGUUUCCUUUUUUGCAUUUUAGCCUGUUUUGACUAAUUCAGUAAUCUUUGCACCUGUGGCACCCGGCAGAUGUAUUUGCGUCGGGUGGCAGCAAUCGGUGAUACACGUUCGGCUGGGGUUUUAUGUUCAUUAAUGUAUUUUUCGUUGAUUGCAUGACUGUACUGACGAUUUUCUUUUUUUUUAUUAAAAAAGAGACUCUUGUCUGCAACAAUAUGUGAACGGCAUAUCCUCACCGGUUCUUGUUUUUUAAGGCUGCAAUUACCUGAACAAUGUGUUUAUUGCCACGCCUUUGUGGUUUCGUUUUUUUUUUUUUUUUUGAUGCUCCGAUAAAAAAAUUUAAACGCA